AUGAGGUGGCACUUCUAUUUUCUGCUGGUGCUGGGACCUAGCAUUGCCAUCGCAUUAUCCGAGACUCGAAGCAAGCGACGACCAAGUGAAUCGAUUGUUUCUUCGAAAAAUGCUACGAAUGCUACUGGAAUUCUGGUGCAGCACGACUACCCGAGCUACGAGUUCGACGGGCCGCAGACAAAGCAGAGGCCCACGAUUCGGCGGCAACACCCUCAACUCGUUCACCUACCUGAGCAGCAGCAGGCACCCGGCCCAGCCGUUCAGAAUUCCGGAAGUUUCGCUUCUUCUGGAUUCCGUAACGAACAGAGUCAGCCGCAAGUUUUUGGGGCGGGAAUCCGUCCUAAUAGCUAUGGCACACGCGCCCGGGUGCCAAAUGGAUACCCAGGAGCCGUAGUGGCCAGAACGAAUCCAUUCGCCACAUUCGCUAACACCUAUCAUGGAGGACAAUCGGCCCCUUCCCAUGGUCCGAUGCAACAAAUGGGCCCCAGCCCUUAUCAGGCCCCAAUUGACUACAUGGGCCAGGGGGUUGAUUACGAUAAUGGCUAUGGGCAGUACGGUGGAUAUCCGGGCUUGGCGAGACAAAAUGGAGGCGGAUAUGGCUACUCCUAUCGAUCGUAUAUCGAACGCCAGUCCAGAAGAUACCCCGUGAUGAUCUACACCCUUGUCCAAUGCGUACCCUGUAAUCGAGCCAAACACUUACUAGCCACCACUUAUCCAGAUGUGCCGUCCCAUUACUUGGAACUAGUCGGUAGCGAAGACUGGCAGCGCCAACUUCAAGCCGACCUGCACCAAAUGACCGGCCAGGUCACCUUCCCCUACAUCUUUGUCUGCGGAGAUUUUAUAGGAGGAGCAUCCAACCUAUUCGAAAUGCACAAAUCGGGUCAACUUCGACAGGUGCUCAACAAUUGUAUGCCGCGGAAACGA